CAUACUGCAGUUUGUCUUCUGAACGUCUAAAAGUCCCUACCUUUUCGCAACAAUGAAAACUAUCGCUUGUCUAGUGCUCGCCAGUGCUAUCGUUGCCUGCGCCACGGCCGCCAUUACCGAGGAGCAGCGUGAUGCCGCUCGUCAGCUGGCGGGCAAAUGUAUGCAGCAGACCGGUGCUACGGAAGAUGACGUGAACCGGCUUCGAUCGGGUGACACUGAGAAUGCCGAUCGCAAUACGCGGUGCUUCGUGCAGUGUUUCUUCCAGGGUGCCGGAUUCGUCGAUCAGGACGGUAACGUGCAGACGGAAGAGUUGACCCAGAAGCUGGCCAGUGAGUACGGGCAGGAGAAGGCCGACGAAUUGGUCGCCCGUUGUCGCAACAAUGCUGGUCCGGAUGCUUGCGAGCGUUCGUUCCGUCUGCUGCAGUGUUACAUGGAGAACCGCGCUACGCUGAUGUUCUAAAGGUGAUG